AUGUUUACGCGCCAAACAACAAUGGUGGCUGAACAACGUUUUAACAGAUCUUUAAUUUGCAAGUUUUUUUAAGAGUUCUACAAUCGAUAGAAUCGUCUAUAAGUAUUCUAAUUUAUCAGAGCAACUAUUCAAUAUGUCACGCACCAAGCGUCUGUGUACCGCAGUGUAAAUUUCAACAUAAAAUUAUUGUGAACUUUAUCGGCGUGACCUGAAACUUCGAUCGCGCCAAGUGUGAUUUUUAACUCUUUACAUUAAUAGUAUAUGUGACCAUUGUCAUGGCUGCAAUUACACCAAGGCGUUCUACUCGUGUGCCUCACACGCACACGCCCAAGAUGUCUGAAAGGAAGAAGAGUUUGUUCCAAAGUGAACUUGAGGCUUCGAGGGAGUCUUUGACGAAGCACCGCAGAUUGCCGGUAGUGGAUAGCGAAAGUGACAGUGAAGACUGCGAUCUUGGGAUCAUCAGCACACUAGAUUCCAGUUCUGGUGAAGAAAAUGAACCUAUAGUAAUUAAAACGCCCGAACGACGCCUUGGAAGUGAGAUGAGGUCUCAGACAAGGAAUUUUCUCAAAGAAAAUAAUGAAUUGAAGAAUUUUAUAAAAUCCCCAUUUACAUUGAAAAAAUACCAAACUAGAAAUAUGUGUAUGGACUCGAAAAGUACAGGCUCUGUAUCAACUCCGGUCACACCUCAUUUACAAUAUCAUCCUGGUACACCUUCAUCCACCCACUCAUGUGCAAGUAUCCACACUACUUCAUCCACAUCAAGCCGAGCUCGUAAAAGCCUGGCCAGUUUAAUAGCUGACACUGAGAGUUGCAGUAGCUCCUUAAAAGACCUGAAUUUCGAUUCGGAUUCUGGUACAGAUUCAAAGGAAAACACACCAACCAAGUCUCUCCGCAGAUCUAGAAGACAGCAAAAGAUGACACCGAAAUUUAAAAGUUUCAAAGGAAUUUUACUGGAACAAAAGAAAAAUAUUUCACCAAUGAAAAAUGCUAUUGUUUGUUUGACGAAAAUGGACAUGAGUGGCUUAAUGUCGCCUACACAAAUGCUGAAAACUCCACACAAUACCACAGAAACAAUAGUUUCUCCCCCAAAAAUUCACAACCGAAGAUCUGUAGUAGAAAUAGCUGAAAGUCCAGAAUCUUGUGACAGUGAACGCAGUCAAAAGCGACUACGGAACGACAGCAUGAGUGAAGGUCCUAGCUGCAAAUAUCCACGACUGGAUGUUCCAAAAGCUAGGCUAUCUUUGUUCAACAGUGAUAGGCUUAAAGAAAUACUUUCAACUAAGUCUUUCUAUGGAAAAUCAAAUCCAGAAUUGAACACUAAUGUUGCUACAAAGAUUUCCUAUGCUAUAGAAGCAACCACUCAUCAACGUAGGGCAUUAUCUCAUUCUAAUUCAAGUAGACGCAAGAGGAAACCAGGUCAAAUAAACCUUGGCGUCAAACACAGAAUUCGAAAGCCGAAACAUCAUAAAAAGAACAUUAUGAUGAAAAACACAGUAGUUACAGCUACUAACUUGGCCAACAAUACUAAUAAUUCAUUAAUUAGUAUGAAUAACACAACAUUGAUAAGUCAAAAUUCAAGUCAAGAACUUUUAAAUGAUAAAGCAGAUCCAUUCCACACUGAAAAGGAAACAAUUGAAGCAUUACUAAGCCAGUGGACAGAGGAAGAAAUACCAGAAUCUGAACUUUCUAUAGUGAAACCUGGAGAAGAUGUACCAUGUUUUAAUAGUAUUGUCAUUGAAGAAACGAGCCAACUGUUUGAACCUGUCACAGCUGUACCUGUUAAAGCUGAUUUGCCUCAAGACAAUGCUAUCAUCGUUGAAUUGGGAGCUGAUCCAGCUCAAGUUAAGCCUCAAAUUGACACAAAUGUGUCUGAUAUAGUGAUGAUGGAUGGGCAUGUGGCUGAUCAUGGAAGAGCUCCCAAGUCUGGUGAUUAUUUACCUGUUGAAGGAGGUUAUAUAGUUGUCCAUGAAAAUGCUGCACAAGAAGCAGAAAACCUAACAGACUUAGAUGCAAUUGAACGUGAAUUGGAGAUGUUAGAUGAACAAAUAUUCAAGAUAGCACAGUCCAACAAUAUUAGUGCUGAAGCUGUACUCAAGUCAACAGAAAUAGCCUUUUCAGUUAAUAAUGAAGCAACAGAACAAGUUUCUGGCUCAAGUGCAGCCACACCAGAACAUAGUAAAGAACAAAAAUUGUUUGCCAUCUUCGAUAAGCCAAAUCCGGGAAUUAGCACUCCAACUACUAAAGAGAAAACAUCAAAAAGGUCAUUACUGAAGAAUAUAAGCGAUCAGUACGUGAUAGACGCCGGUCAGAAGAAGUUUGGUGCUACGCAAUGCAAAGAAUGUGGUACUAUUUAUCAGAUCGGUGAUCCACAAGAUGAACACGAUCAUCUUGUUCAUCACAAUUCUAGUGACGUACUUAGGUUUAAUGGUUGGAAGGAAGAGUGCGUGGUGGGAAGAUUCGGUAGCGGACGCUGCAUCAGGAUACGCGGCGGCGAACCGGGCUGGAAGCGAGUGGAGGCUGUGUUGUCAAGGAUAGUACAUCCUCAUCUUGGUUACGAGGGAUCCCUGCCGCAAGACAAACUGCAUGCCUACACUGCCUACUUAUACAUCGAGAAGAAACAAAUCAUCGGUUGCAUGAUCAUGGAACCUAAGACGAGAGCUUACAAGUUCAUACCCGGAGACCCGGACUGCUGCAGUGUUGAAGAUUAUCCGGUGAAGUGUGGCGUGUCCAGAAUAUGGACUCACAUAAAUCAUAGAAGGAAAAGCAUAGCGUCCCGUCUGCUGGACUGCGGGCGGGCGUCGUUCCUGUACGGCGCCGCACUCCGAGCCGGCGACGUCGCGUUCAGCGCGCCCACCGCCGCCGGGAAACAGUUCGCCGCUAAGUACUGUCAGUGUGAGAAUUUUUAUGUUUAUUUAGAUUAAGGAAAAUUAGUGAAACAAACAUAUCGACACUUGAAAGGCAAACGUGACUAAGCGACAAUACCUAAACUUUACAGUAUACUAAUUUAAAGUUGAAAUAUCUGAAAAAAAAUCUAUUUUAACGAAACUAGCUGUAGGAUUGAAAUUAUUUUAAUAGACCUAGAAAUAUAUAUUUUUACGCAUCGAAUAUGGGCAUUGCCUAUCAUUUUUCUACAAAGCAGUUAUUGUCGCUUAGUCACGUUUGCCUUUCAAGCGUCUAUAUAUAAAAUUCUUGUGGGUGACACAACUGAAAUGUCUCGAUAUAGAUAGACCCGUUUUCGACGCCAUUAAUAGUUGCUCCUAAAUGUUACAGAAAAUUAGACCUUCAAAAUAAUUGCGUAAAGAAGUCUAUAAAGAAGAGUAGUUGAUUGAUUAAAACUAUACUAUGCAAGUUAGCCUUGAUGUUGUAAUCUAUGUUGUAAGCUAUACUGCGCUCUCUAUCUAAAAAGAGAACAUGAUAUGAACAAUAACAAUUCUGUUAUUAAUUAUCAAUGCACUAUAAAGAUGUCUAUUUAUGAAAAGAAAAAAAACAGCAGUCAACUUGCCAACACAAAGAAAUGUUUUCGUUAGUCCUUUCGUGCCAGUGUUUUUUUAGUCGUAAGCGAAAUGUUGCCACAUGAAAAUGUUUUAGUGUUGUCAUAUUUUUAAUUUUUAACUUCACCGGUAAACACUAGUCCUAUGUGUAUGCCAUAUUAUGGCCUUUGUAAAGCUUAAUAUAAUAAUAUGUGGAAAGCAAAUAAAAAUAAAUUGUUUUAAUAAUACUCGUGUUUAGAAUGUUUUAUGGAUUCGAAAUAGUUACAACUACUGGUAGUUUUUAAAUAGUUUUUUUUUGUAGUUCGAUGCCUCCAAUGAACACUGCUCUAACUCCAAAUUCGUAAGUUUACAGGAGGUGAGUUUAAACGAAAAAAGUUGGUAAAAUCUUUAUUAUUGCAGAUAUAUUUAUGGUUUUUUCUUGUGUAACUAGCUUAUUUACUCUUGCUUCGAACCCCAUUAAUAAUGAAUUUGUAAUACUUUUAAAAUAGUGAAGCGAUUUGCGUGAAAAACGAAAAUUUCAAAAAUUUGGAGGGAGGAUUGGAGGCAUCGAGUUUAAGACUCUUUAUUGUACUAUAACGGUAACUACAAAAACAAAUAGUUGUUUUUACAACAAAAAAUCUAAUUAUAUUUAAUGUAUUUUUGAUAAAGUAUUUUACUUAUUUUAUGCUCAAUUAUUUAUGAAUUACAAAAAUGAUAGUUUAAUUUGAUAAUUUUCGAAGUGAAAUUCAUGUUGUUUUAAUUGUGAAAAGAUCUGAAUUUCAUUUUUUAUUCACUGUAAAUUUAAUAAAUAAAUAAAAACAGUAGGCAACCGCAUGGCUGUGCCUUUGGUAUUGCUAAAGUCCAUGAACGCAGAUAACCAACCAUUUACCACCAUAUGGGCCGUAUGCUCGUUACUAACAAGGGCAAUAUUAAAAAUUCUAUUAUAAUUUUGAACAAUAACUCACAUGUAUUAGUAUGUUUUAAGUAGCAAAUGCAGUUUGCAUUAGUGAUGUAUUUGUAGCAAUUCUGAUUAAGUACUAUUGAAUGAAAGGGUGCAUAUGGGCUCCGGUGACAGCUUUACAACAGGUGGGCUGUGAGCUCAUUCACCUAUAUAGGCAAUAAAUGUAUAAAAUAGUACAUUGUGCACCAAGGGAGAAAAGUUGGAGAUUUCCCAAACACGCUGGAGGAAAUGUCUAACUUUUCUCCCGCAGUGCACAUACUAUUUUUUCUCCUACCAGGCCGAAAGUUCGUAAAGUUCCGAGCCGGGGUCCAGGGGCGAAGCCCUGGCCGAGGGCUGGGGGGCGGAGCCCUCCCGUAAUCAUAAAAAAACAAUUUAACUGUUUUUUAAUUUAUAAAUAAACUACUACUGAUUGAGUAAGAACUGUCUGAUGAACUCAUCUUUGUUUAAUACUUCACUAUUAAAUUUUAUUGCCUUUUGUUUAUUUCACUUUUGCACUAAACACAAUAUUGCAAAUUACUCGAGCACAACAAUGGCGGAGAAUUUUAGGUGCGUGAGAGCAGACGUAGACACUAACGCGCAUGCGCACUUGUUAGUACCCAGGGAGGAAAAGUUACACUUUCUUCCCCUGUACAGCGGGAGGAAAACCGAACUUUCGGCGUAGGUAGGAGAAAAAAGACAUAUCAUAGCAUCAACAAUCUAUUAGUACAAUAAUUUCAAUAUCAAUGAAAACACUGUGCAUUGAGUUGUAAUUUUACAGUCGAUAUUUGACUGAUUUUAAUGUAAUUAUUGCUAGUUUUGAUAAAAAAAAAUUUUUUAUUAAGGGACCAAUUUUUAGUAUAGUAUUAAUUUAAUUAGGACACAAAGUGCCAAUGUUUAGUUUUAUGAAACAUUGUAUAAUUAUACCUCUGAUUUGAUUGAAUAAUUAAUUAAUAUUUGGAUACAUAUCAAUUCUGACCAAUAUAAGGUUACGUUUUUUUUUUAUGGUUGUUUGUCAGCAAUGUGUUAUUUAUGUUUGGUUUGAAUUUAAAUAUGUAUGCCGAUAUUAAAUAUGUAGCUUAGAUCUAAAUUAGAAUACAAUGUCAUAAAAUUAUUGAUGUUAGUCACUCAAACUUACAAAAAAAAAACUUAAAUAAUUAUUGAUAUUUAGGAUUUUUCGAAUAAUUAUAUAUAUAGUUUAAAGUUAGAAUCAUUCACAAGUUAUAAAUACGAUUUUGGUGUAUUAUUUUUUGACAUCGGACUCUCUGGUUCUAUUGUCGUGAAUUCCGUUUCAGAUCUGGAAACACUAUAAAUAUUAAUAUCAUUAAUAAUUAUUUAUCAGUGGCGUAGCGACCUUAAUUCGCGCCCGACACAAUACAUAUUAGUGGUAUGUACAUUUUUCAUUUUUUUAUUUACGAAGUAAGAUUUAUUUUGAUACUGGCACUAAAUUUAAAAUAUUUUUACAGAAAUCAAUAAUAAUUAUAAUAAAAAUAAAAAUUAUCCAGUAUUUUUUUUGGCGCCCCUUUGUGAGUAGCGCCAUGGGCGUGAUGCCCCCUUGUCCCACUCGCUACACCACUGUCAUUAAUAUCAUUAAUAUAUAGUUAACCAUAUUAUUAUUAGAUUGUCAGAUGUCAAUGAAAAAAUCGAAUACAAAAAAAAUUAACUUCGAUAAUCGAUUUUUUCUAAUAAAAUCCAUCCCUAGUAAAAUCACCGACAGCUGUUCUGCAUAUCAAGUUAUAUUUAACAAGAGACUAUUUCGUUCGAUCUCUUCUGAUAUGUUCUAAUGAAAUUUGUUAGUAUCGCUAAAUUUACUUUGCCGAAAUAGGGAUGCCAACGUAUUCUGGAAGAAUAUUCAUUUGUAUGUAUCCGAAUAGCAUUAGUAAGCUUUUUAUUGUUAAUAUUCGAUUUAAUUAAGGCUUAAUGUCGACCCUAAUGUCGUAUUCGGGUUUCGUUCUUACCUCAAUUUGAAUUAUGUUUUUAUGUCUUAAAAUAUUAUUUUUAGUCAGUGGUGUGUGUAAAUAUUUGUCGAAAAUAAUGUAAUGUCGAAUGUUCAUUAAAGUAAUAGUGGUAUUAAUUUCAGUUAAGAUUUUAAAUACUCCAAUGACAGAUAGGACAGAAGUGGGACUUCUUUGGCGAGAGAGAACUUUUUCCUAUCAUUUGCCUCAUAAACUUGCUUGUCUUGUUAGAUUUACAUUAAACUUAGGUUCGAUCUUAAUAUUUUCCUCUCGCUCUUAGGCAGAAGUUUAACUUCAACAAAAAAUAUUUUUACUUAUAAAAAAACCUCUCAGUAUUAGUGAGAGGAUAAUCACUAGCAGCUUUUUCUACCCCUAAUUGGCUGCUCAUGUGUUUCCAAAGUACCAUAAUAACAACUAAAAGCCCUUUCAUUAUAAUGUUUAUCUAAAAAUAAUCUCAGUUUAACUGUGCUGUGGCGUGCUUUUAAUCCUGAAGUGGUACAGAGACCUUACAAGUCAUUUCUCGAGACGGUUGGCGGCAUUUACUUUAAAGAUGCUUAUGGCCUCUGGUAACCACUUAACUUGAGCUCUUCCAAAUUUCGAUUCUAUUCCAUCUAAGCAAUAAUAAAAAAACAAGUCUUUUUCUGCGGCGACACAUUAGUAGGUUCUGGUUUUAUCGAUUCUAGUGCUCUAAUGUCGAACCAACCCUAUUAUGAGUGACCGACCAUUAAAUAUUCGUUUGCCCAUCCAUUAGUUGCAAGCCAAAAACUUUUCUAACUUAUACACUACUAGCGACCCGCCCUCGCUUCGCUUCGGAAACUGUAAUUUAUUAUUGAUUUCGCCGCUAUUUAAUGUAUGUUAUUAUACAUAUAAACCUUCCUCUUCAAUCACUCUAUCUAUUAAAAAAAAACAAAAUGUGUGCAAUUCACACGUGGUAGAAGUGAAACCUUCCAAAAUUAAAAUACAAUUAUCCUAAACGUCUUAAGUAUAUGUAAAAUUUUGUCAUUAGUAAAUAAUUGUAAGGUAGCGCCCUCUGUGAGUUGAUAUUUUAAUUUCACGUAUAAUCCUAAAUUAAAAUUCACUACAAGAGCUUUCAUACACACGUUAGUAUUAAAAAAACUCACAGAUGGCGCUGUAUUAAAUAGUAUGUAUAUUUCUGUCUCAUUCUUUUGUAUUUGUGUCUCUUACCUGUCGUUUUUUCCGUUGCAUCCGGUUUGAAAUCACAACGAUUCUAAAGAAGCUUUCACUUCAAAAACCGCAUCAAAAUCCGUUGCGUAGUUUUAAAGAUUUAAGCAUACAUAGGGAUAUAGGGACAGAGAAAGCGGCUUUGUUUUAUACUAAGUAUGUAGUGACUAACACUAAAAAAAAUUAUUCUAAGAUAAUUCGAAAUUCUUUUCUUCUUCACAACAAACAGCUCUCUAGUGAAGUGUCUGUCGUAUGAUAAGCGCAACUCGAAAAACUACGCUUAUAAUUGUAAUUUAGUUUUUUUAGCUGUGUACAUUCUUAGAUUUAUUGUAAUGUUUUUAAUUAGUUAGCUACAUAUUACAUGACACAUUCCUAAUCUAAGAACGAUUUCGUUUUUGAACCACAUAGCCAAUUUUAAUACCAUUACACGUACAUGUAACACAACGAACUAUCUUUUUUAUCUUUUUUUACAUUAGAGUUCACAAAAUUACCGGUACAUUGAAUUGUACAUUUUAAAAUUCAUUAUAUAUUUUGUCAAUUGAAAUAACUCUUAGCUAGUUUUAUAUUAUAUGAUUUGAUUCGUUGUAUUUGAAUGUAGGUUAGUUGUUUGUCCCACGCCCUUUAAGACGAAGAAGAAGCGAAAUUGUCAAUUGUCGUUAUAAAUAGGAAUGACUCUCCAGUGACAGUCAAACUGAUAAAAACACGUCCAUGUCUGAUUGGUGUCGUAAGCAUUUAUUUUUUUAAUGAAAUUUUCUAUGUAUUUUUUUUUAUUAAUAUUUUGGAACAGUUUUAAAUUACUUUAAAGUUUACUCAAUACGUUAUUAUUAUUCAAUUGCAUGUCCAAAGAUAACUUUGUACCUAGAGAUAUUGUAAUGUUUUCUAAGAUUUUUUUUAACAAAGUCGUUUACACGAUCGAAUACACUGACACAUGGAAUUUUAAAUAAAAAAAAAAAAUAA